CAAGAUUAUUCUGCAGAGGCGUGGCGUCGUUUGCGUACGCGACGCUCUCGCGUGAGUCUGGCGUCGUCCUCUGCUGCACGUCUCUCUGAUUCUGCCCAGCGCUGUCCUCACGACUUUACACAGACAAUGGCCAUUCCUCCAACAUAUGUAGACCUGGGCAAGUCUGCCCGGGACAUCUUCACCAAAGGAUAUGGCUUUGGUCUUAUCAAGUUGGACUUGAAAACGAGGUCAGAGAAUGGACUGGAGUUCAAGAGCUCCGGCUCGGCUAACACAGAGACCAGCAAGGUAGCAGGAACGCUGGAGACCAAGUACAAGUGGGCAGAACACGGCCUGACCUUCACUGAGAAGUGGAACACUGACAACACUCUGGGCACGGAGAUCACUCUGGAGGACCAGCUGGCUAAAGGGCUGAAGUUGACGUUUGAUUCCUCCUUCUCUCCGAACACUGGGUAUGUGACGUGUUCAGUAUGUCUGUGCUCUAGUAUACUCGAUGCCACUGUAUUGACGAAUGAUGGAACAGAAUUCGGUGGCUCCAUUUACCAGAAAGUGAACGAUAACCUGGAGACGGCGGUCAACCUGGCCUGGACCACUGGCAACAGCAACACCCGCUUUGGCAUCGCGGCCAAGUAUCAGAUCGAUGCCGAUGCUUCCUUCUCGGCCAAAGUGAAUAACUCUAGCCUCGUCGGCCUGGGAUAUACUCAGACCUUGAAGCCUGGUAUUAAGCUGACCCUUUCUGCUCUUCUGGAUGGGAAGAACGUUAACGCAGGUGGCCACAAACUGGGUUUGGGUCUGGAGUUCGAGGCAUAGGAAGCUGAGGAUUGCAAUAAUCCUGACUUGAUUUUUCUUUUUUUGAAUACCUAUCCUCACACACCUUGUUUCUCUUAGAUGCCCUGGCCAAGGAAGCGCACUAUACUCAGUCAAAUAAUGCAUUAGUGAUGCUCACUUCUUCAGAGAGAGCAACAGUUGUGUAUUUACUAGGUCACACAGAAUGAAAUAAGAGCAUUUGCAAAGUUAUAAAUGGCUUGAAAAAUGGAUUUUCACUACACUCAAUGUUAUUUAUUACAGUGUUGAUCAUGACAGAAUAUUUAAUUUUUGGGAAGGCGUUGGGUAGAAACGGAGACGUUUACAUCAGACAACACUAAUAUUAGGCCACAACAUUCCUGAUCUGCGGUUUUCACCCCAGCAAAGCUUGAAGGAAAGGACCCGUAUGUAACGGAUGACACUCGCAGCCCAUCACGCCUUUAGUUGUAGACACCAGCCUUUUGGGUGCGUUUCGUGUUUUUGUCUCGUCUGUGUGAGUGAAGCCACACGUGUAUCUUGUCCGUCAUUGUUUUCUCGCUGCAUACUGCCUGUACCUUUGAUGGCAAAACUCUUUCAGCUCUCCCUGAACUAAAGGAGAUUGGAAACAAGCUUCUGAGAUAUUGGGGAGAGCAGAAAAGAUCUGAAUAGGUGGAUGCAGUCAGUGUAGGAUUAGAAUACUGUGGAUUUAGCAGUAUGGGUACUUUCAGUUGAAUAAAACAUUUCAACCUGGACCACA